ACCAUGGCCGAGCCGCAAGGAGCCGCGAACCAGGUGCCCCGCGCCGCCGUCCCGCCAACCCUGCUGAACGCACCGAGCGCCCUGCAGAUCCGGCCCUGGAGAACCGACAUCGGUAGCCUGGGCAGGUACAGGGGCCACACCGUCGCGGCUACAGCCACCCUCUCCCGGGAGCCGUUGUUCCAUAGCUCGCUGUCGCUGGCCGGGGCUAGCACUGCGCGCCGGCGGGAGGCGCUGCGGGAGCUACUGGGGCUGCAGGGGGCCGUUCCCGCUGGGUGGCGGUCGGACGAGCGCUUGGAGCAAUCUGAGGCUGGGCCCCGCCGCGCGAGCUCUCAGGGUGGCAGUCGAAUGUGCCUGGAGCCGCGGGAGCACGCGUGGAUGCUGGCGGCCGCCGAGGGCCGUUAUGAGGAGUUGUUGGAGAUGCUGGAGGCUGAGCCCGGGUUGCUGAUGCGGGCCGACCCGAUCACCGGCUACAACGCCCUGCACUGGCUGGCCAAGCACGGGCGCCACGAGGAGCUCAUUCUGUUGCAUGACUUCGCCAGGCGCCGCGGACUCCCAUUUGACGUGAGCGCCCCGGGCAGCGGCGGCCUGACGCCGCUCCACUUGGCGGCUCUACAGGGCCACGACAUGGUCAUUAAGGUGCUGGCAGGAGCCCUGGGGGCUGACCCCACACGUCGAGAUCACAGUGGUCACCGACCUUGUUACUACUUGCGGCCCAAUGCCUCCCAGAGCUUACGGGAGCUGUCCGGCGCAGAACAAUGGGAGAUAGAACGCGACAGCAAGCACGACAAUGCCAACGACAACAGCACCAACCCCUCCUCCGCAGGGCGGUUGCUGAGAAGCACCCCAAGUGUAGCGCGCAUCAGGUCCACUGGGACACACUGCAAAGAGGCCAAAGAGGCGGCUCUACCAGCCAAAGAGAAGAAUGGGUCAGGCAGUCAGACUAGCAAUGGCCGUCUGCGCCAUCUGUUCCCCUUCAUCCAGGACCGUUGAGGGGUGACAUGCACUACAGCGUUCAAGGGGGCCUCGACACGGAGACGAGGCGUCAUUCUUAGCUGUUCCUGGUCCCACUGAAGGAGGUACCCCUCCGAUGUAGCUUGGGCCUGCAUGGCAUAGACCCUGUCCUAGGUCUCUUGCAGCUAGCUAGUAUCUAGAGAGUAUGAGAGACAGCCAAGAACCAGGAUGGUCCUGGUGUCUAGUCCCAAAGGUACAGGGCUAAGGUGUUUGGAGCAGGGAACAUGGUCCUCCUUGGAAGAGAGAAAGUUAAGCUUCUAGUGACCGUUUCUGGGUAGGCUGAAGCAAUCGGUUUAUUAGAAAACACUAAAAGAAUAAGACCAUAAACUACUGAUGCAGAGCAAGUGCCUAAUAACUGUCUGCCUGGGUCUGCUUUUAACAAGUCUCCCUGUGCUGGUAGAGUUUAGCCCUUGACAACCUGCUCCCAAGACUAGCCAGACAUUACCAGUGGCCUGGCCUAAUGUCAAAUGGAUUAGUUCUUAAGUAUAUU